UCUCUUCAAAUACUUCUAGUUUUAAAUAUCUUAAGUUUUUUAAGCCAGAAUAUCAUAUGGAAAUUGCUGAUAUAUUAAAAGAAGUUAAAGCUAUUAGAAAUAAUGAAAUUAGAGUAUUUGAUUUUGAAAAUGAGACUGAUACUGAAUAUGGUUAA